CAGGUGUGGGUCUUGAGGGAACUUCUGCUCCUUUCAGGUGGCACAGAAUGUGGUCCUGUACACAGGCGACUCCAACCUGGGGCUGGAGCCAUUUGAGGCAGCUGGAGACAUCUUCAACGAGGCCUGGGAGCGAGAGAAAGUCGUGUCCUUCUACCGGGACCCGACCCUGCCCCUGGCAGUGACUAUGGGCAACCGCAAGGCGGAGCCGCAGCUGCAGCUGUGCAACAAGCUGGUGGCACUGCUGGCCACGCUGGAGGAGCCCCAGGAGGGCUUGGAGGUUGCCCACAUGGCCCUAGCACUCAGCAUCACUCUGGGGGACCGGCUGAAUGAGCACGUGGCCUACUACCGGCUGGCCACCCUGCACCACUUGCUGGGCCAUGGCAAGCUGGCGGAGCACUUCUACCUCAAGGCCCUGUAGCUCUGCAACUCGCCGCUGGAGUUUGACAAGGAGACCCUCUACUCCGUGAAGGUGUACCUGGUGCUCGGUGACAUCAUCGUCUACGACC